CAUGGAGGGCAAUAAAGAAACAAGAGCAAGCCAAAACGAAGGAGCAUAUGCGAAACAGAGUCGACUGAGGAAGCCCACAAAUCGGCAAAACCACUGCACCCACCCAGCUCCUUCGGCUUAAUUCAGCUUUGCCAGGUUCACUCACUGUGUUCCCAAUAAAUACUUGAAACUACAAACAGUGAAGUCAGUCAGAACGUAGCUUAGGUUCAUAGGCCACAGUCCCAAGCCACCAUGAGACUCAGCUGCAACGGUUGCCGCAUUCUCCGAAAAGGCUGCACCGACUCCUGCAUCAUCCGGCCUUGCCUCCAAUGGAUCCAUUCUCCUGAAUCUCAGGCCAACGCCACCCUCUUUCUCGCCAAAUUCUACGGCCGCGCCGGCCUCCUCAACCUCCUCCACGCCGCCCCGCCUCACCUCGGCCCAGCUGUGUUCAAGUCGUUGCUGUAUGAGUCUUGUGGGAGGAUUGUUAAUCCGGUGUAUGGCUCGAUGGGUUUGUUCUGGAAUGGGGAGUGGGAUCGCUGCCAGGCCGCCGUGGAUGCGGUGAUGAUGGGGUCGGAGAUCAACAGCGUCGUGGCGGUUUCUUCGGAUUCGCAAGGGGCUGAUCUAGGUGUUUUCGCUGCGUGCGAUAUACGGCACGUGGCGAGAGAUCAGGGGCAGGUUGGGGAGACGGAGAAGGAGCAGGAGAAAGACGAGUUGAGUAAGGUGAGAGGGAAGGGCCGGUUCAAGAGGAGUGGGAAGGUGAUAAAGCCGAAGGCGCGAGUGGGUUGGGUCGAUUCGUCGGCGCUGUGGAAGCCGGUUCAGGAAUUUUCGGAGAGCGAAAGCGCGUUCUCUGGGGAAACUGUGGAGGCCAGCUUGGCGAACCGGUUGGGGUAUAAUGGAGAUCAAGAUGCGAACCGAACCAGAAAAGAGCCAGUUAAUCUGAAUUUGAGUCUUGGACAGGAGUAAAUGCGGGAUGAAUCGAAUAGAAUAGAACAGAACUGUGGUUUCUGUUUAUUGUUUAAGGGUGUCUCGGGGAAAUCAAGUUUGCUUGUUUGUUUUCUUUAAAUGUUUUUGGUUUUCGUUAAUUUCGUCCCCGAUUUGAAGGAUAGAGAUCAGGGAGUGAUGGUAAAUAUAAAGGUCAAGCGAGGGCUUUUGUGUAAAUACAGGGGAGAGGACACAGAUGAAACCCGAAUGACUGAAUCGAUUAAUGAACCCUUAAUUUGGCUUAAGAUUUAAUGGUAA